AUGACCGGUACGGAGAAAUUACCACUCUUCAUCAUCGGCAAGUCGGCCAAACCCAGAUGUUUUAAGAAUGUCCACUCCCUACCGACAGAGUAUACGGCCAACAAAAAAGCAUGGAUGACCGUCGACAUUUUCACCAAAUGGUUACACCAGAUUGACAGGAAGUUCGCAAGGCAGCAUCGCCGCAUCGCAAUGGUUAUCGACAACUGUCCAGCUCAUCCCCAGAUUAAAGACCUGAAAGCCACAAAGCUCAUCUUCCUGCCGCCAAACACUACCAGCAAGACACAACCGAUGGACCAGGGAGUUAUACAGAAUCUCAAAGUCCACUACCGGAAACGACUAAUCCUUCGUCACAUCAAAGCCAUAGAUCGACACCAGGAACUACAGAUCUCCGUCCUCGACGCAAUGAAACCUCUGGCUGUAUCCUGGAGGUGUGUGACUGAGACCACGAUUAAGAACUGUUUCCACCACGCAGGAUUCAAGAUUUAUGACAACCCGGCACCCAUUGACAGCGAUGAUGAUGAUGAAGAUGACAUACCGCUAGCCCACCUACUAAGCCUGCCAGUCCCAUUCGACCAAUACGCCUCCGUAGACUCCGAUGUACCCACUAACGCCACCAUGACUGAUGACGAUAUUGUCGACGAAAUCAUGCAACGUAAAAGCAACAACGCAGAUGAUCAAGAUGAUACCGAGACUGUGGAUGAUGAUGUACCCGAACUACCACUACCCACUACUGACAUGGCAACAGAUGCGUGCGCCCUACUCAUUCGAGUGUUAGAGACCCGACCAAACAAGUCCGCUCAAAUACAGACUCCCCUCAGGAUCUCGGACGAUCUCAUUCGCGAGGACCUCAGAGCCCAGACCAAUACCAGGACUCAAUCAAAGAUAUCAGACUACUUCAGUGACUUUGCGUGUCAACGAAACAGUGAACAUUGA